UGUGUAGAAUGGCCCAUCAUCAUCAGCCGCGCAGAACACUGUAGACGAAUCUAACGGCUGGCGUCAAAUGCUGACGAAUUCUUUAUAAAUUUCAAAAAGGGAAAAAAAUACCAUCGUCGUUGUAUUGUAGUGCAGUGCAGUGCAGUGCAGUUCCACUCUCCAACUGCAUACGCAUAGCUUUUACAGCGAAUAACGACAUUAUAGGAUUGCUCAACCGUCCGCCCCAGCGCCUCUUUGCUUCAUUUCAAAUUUCCACUUUCCUCUCUCUCUCUCACACUCUGUACAGUUCGCUAUCAUCAUUAUCUGCAUCGAUUUUCAAGGAUUAAGUGACAAUUUAGCAACCCUUUCUAGUGUUAAAACUUGUAUAAUUGUAAGCAAAAGAAGUCUUGAUUUGAUGCAAGUUGGGGUCCCAUUUUAAAGCCCUUGACAGCAAUCCAAGAAAAAUAUCUGCAAGAAAUCCGGAAUUCUGGGCUUGGGGUAAGUGGUUUUCCGAUUGUCUGCAAAUGGGCUUCAGGAAUAUGCUCUCUUUUUGUCCUUCUCCCAAUUUCCGGAACAUGUUUCAGGUUGUACCAAAUGGGCUUGAGCUUGAAUGCCAACAUACCAUUAAGUCUCAUGGGGGACAACUCGCAAGAAAUCACAAGCAUGAUUGGCUGAUACUAUUACUACUUGUAGUCAUAGAGAUUGUUCUGAAUGUGAUUAACCCGUUCUAUCGGUUUGUUGGGGAAGACAUGAUGACUGACCUUAAGUAUCCUAUGAAAGACAACACAGUACCCGUCUGGGCAGUUCCUUUCUAUGCAGUUCUGCUGCCUAUUGCAAUUUUCCUUCUCUACUAUCUUCGUAGAAGAGAUGUGUAUGAUCUGCACCAUAGUAUAUUAGGACUCUUAUUUGCUGUGCUGAUAACUGGAGUUCUAACAGAUGCAAUAAAAGAUGCAGUUGGCCGGCCCCGGCCUGACUUCUUCUGGCGUUGCUUUCCUGAUGGGCGAGAUGAAUAUGAUCAAUGGGGCAAUGUGGUGUGCCAUGGUAAAGCGAGUGAUAUAAAAGAAGGACACAAGAGUUUUCCAAGUGGUCAUACUUCAUGGUCGUUUGCGGGUCUUGGUUUCCUAGCAUUAUACUUGUCAGGAAAAAUCAAAUGCUUCGAUCGCAGGGGGCAUGUGGCAAAACUAUGUAUUAUUUUUCUUCCAAUCCUUGCUGCAUGUCUUGUCGGUGUCUCUCGUGUGGAUGACUACUGGCAUCACUGGCAAGACGUGUUUGCUGGCGGUCUCCUAGGUCUUGUAGUGGCUAGUUUCUGCUACCUGCAGUUUUUCCCACCACCUUAUGAUACAGAAGGAUGGGGUCCUUAUGCAUAUUUCCGAGCAGUGGAGGAAUCUCGCUCCAACUCUAGACCAGUUCAGCCCUGGGACGGUACCAGCAUGCAAGGAAUUAACCGAGAACAGACAGCAGUAAACAGCAUUGUAGAUCACAAUCUAGACUCAACAUUUGAUGCCAUGGAGUCAGGAAGAAGCAGGUUCGGCAACAAAAGAGAGAAUCCGCUCCAGAUAACCGCGCCUCUGCUAGGCAGCAUGUGAAAUGGUCAAAAGCAGACGUGUCUGUUGGAUGUAUAAUCCAAGUCAAGUGUAGAGUUAGCGGAACAGCCUUCUGAUGGAAACAAUUUUCAUUUUCAUUUUCA